CAGUAUAAGUGCUACUCUCUGCUACAUUUGCAUCUUGCAUUUCGAAGCCAUUGCCGCUCCCAUUCUCUACAGGCUUUUUCGUUAAACUCAAGGGGUAUUAUCGUUCAAUCUUCAUUCCCCCCAAAACCAGAAGGAUGUCUCAUCGAAAGUUUGAACACCCACGACAUGGAUCUUUGGGGUUUCUCCCGAGAAAGAGAGCAGCCCGUCACAGAGGAAAAGUGAAGGCCUUCCCAAAAGACGAUCCAACAAAACCGUGCAGACUGACUGCCUUCCUGGGUUACAAAGCUGGGAUGACCCACAUUGUUAGAGACGUGGAGAAACCAGGAUCAAAGCUCCACAAGAAGGAAGCAUGCGAAGCAGUAACUAUUAUAGAAACACCUCCCAUGGUGGUUGUGGGUGUUGUUGGUUAUGUGAAGACACCUCGAGGGCUUCGGUCUCUUUGCACAGUCUGGGCUCAGCAUCUUAGUGAAGAGAUUAAGAGGAGGUUCUACAAGAACUGGUGCAAAUCUAAGAAGAAGGCCUUCACCAAGUAUUCAAAGAAGUUUGAAAGUGAAGAUGGGAAAAAAGAUAUUGAGUCUCAGUUGGAAAAAAUGAAGAAGUACUGUACUGUUAUUCGUGUUUUGGCCCACACCCAGAUAAGAAAAAUGAAGGGACUGAAGCAGAAGAAAGCCCAUCUGAUGGAGAUCCAGGUUAAUGGUGGAACCAUUGCCCAGAAGGUCGACUUUGCAUAUGGUUUCUUUGAGAAGCAAAUUCCUGUUGAUGCUGUGUUCCAGAAAGAUGAAAUGAUUGACAUAAUCGGUGUUACUAAAGGUAAGGGUUAUGAGGGUGUGGUUACUCGUUGGGGUGUCACUCGUCUCCCUCGCAAGACUCACCGUGGUCUUCGCAAGGUUGCUUGUAUUGGUGCCUGGCAUCCUGCUAGGGUCUCAUUCACUGUUGCAAGGGCUGGGCAAAAUGGUUACCAUCACCGCACAGAGAUGAACAAGAAAAUCUACAAGCUUGGAAAGACUGGCGAGGAGUCUCACUCUGCCAUGACUGAAUAUGACAGGACUGAGAAGGAUAUUACACCGAUGGGAGGAUUCCCCCACUAUGGUAUCGUGAAAGAAGAUUACCUGUUGAUCAAGGGCUGCUGUGUUGGACCUAAAAAGCGUGUCGUGACGUUGAGGCAGUCUUUGUUGAAGCAGACAACGAGAGUUGCAAUGGAGGAGAUUAAGCUCAAGUUCAUUGAUACCUCCUCCAAGUUCGGUCAUGGUCGGUUCCAGACUACACAGGAAAAGGCCAAGUUCUAUGGAAGACUCAAGGCUUAAUUAUCUAAAACAUUGUUUUGAAAUUUGGGAUCCUUUUGUUUUUGUCUUGUAAUGGCUUGGAUAUUGUUUAAGUAUGUAUUUUCCCUUUUUAUUCUCUAGACAUUUUUCUUCAAUGAUAGUAAACCAGAUUAUUCGGUUCAAGCAAAUGCAAAUGUCAACGGUUUAUUCA